UGUCUCUCUAUACUCUAUACAAAACUUCAGUUCAGGUGAACGCCAUGCUGAAGCCGAUGAUCAAGCCAUGCACUUCUCGUUUGGCUGGGCGCAGCGAAGUCUCUUGGAAUUCCUAGCGUUUCAGUCGAUACUUAGACGUGGCCGCGUGCGGUGUUUACACACAGUUUUAUGAUAUUCUCUUCAGCGUCGCGUCGGCACUGUUUGUCUUUUAAGAUACAUAUUUUUUGUUUUUGUUUUUAUUUAAGAUACAUGUAUCGAGAUACAAAAUAAUGUCGAAUGCAAUGUUUAAUCAAAAUAAGCCCGUGGCUCGGAGGGCGACUCUUAUGGCGUGCAAGAAUUGGUGGAAGGUGUGUUUCUUGCACAACGACCAAUUGAAAUUCUUUCAGAAAGUGUACGGUAGACCUCUGACCCUAUCGAUAUGUGACAACGAUAACAAUAACUCGAAAAGUGAAAGUCUCCAAUAUCAACAGCCGGGCAGUUUAACCCCAACUCCCUCGCUCUUUCCCAAGAACAUGCCUAGCAUCCGUAGAAAGGGUAAGGCUAGCGCCAAAAAUGAAAACCCACAGACGACAGCGGCGUCGGCGGUGGCGGUGCCAUCGUCGUCAUCUGCAUGUAAUUCAACGCGAACCUCUCCCAGAUCAGUGAAAUCCCGGAAUCGUCAUAAACGAUCCCAUAGUGCAACAAGUUGCCAACCAGGUAGUCGGCCAAGCAGCCAACCAAAUAGUCGCGCCAAUAGUCGGUCAAAUAGCCGUUCAAAUAGUCGGUCUAAUAGUCGCUCGAAUAGUCGUUCAAAUAGCCGUUCGAAUAGUCGACCCAACAGCCGCGCCAGCUGUUCAGAGCCAAUUGUUGCAAAUGCCAAAGUUGCUAUUCUCGACGAUACAUUCCUUUCGUCGGGAGUCUCCUGUUCAGGGGAGACUUAUUCCGAUCAGAGUGUGUGUAACGAAGAUGUGGAUGCCCCUUGGCAGUCGCAGCAACCAAAUGCUAACGCGAACGCGAAUAAUGAUGAUAUCAGUCAUGAUCACCAAAAGGAUCAUCAAACUUUAAUGGCUGCUGAAGUCGAAGUUGAAGUUGAAGUUAAAGCUGAAGUCGAAAAGAACAAGAAUAAGAAAAGUGACCAAAUCAAAAUGGCUGUUAGUCGAAUGAAAAGUCGAAAUUCUGCUGACAUGGAUGAUGUUGAUAAACAUAAACAACAACAGCAACAAAAACAACAAAAAACUAAUAAUAUUUUGUGCGCGUGUGACCGAAACAUGCGAUUCGAAGAACAUGACCUGCGAAACUUGUUUGUGCGGCGCAAUCGGAGUGCCCUGUGGGUGCAACAUUACAAUUAUUUUAAUUUGAACGUGAAUGAGGCCGAAUUGCAGUUGAGUGAUAUCGAAGAGCAAUUGGCAACGGUUAAUAGUUUGCAACAGUGUGGAUUAGUUGCAGGCUUGAAUGACAAUGAUUUAUGUUCUAACCAAGCCAAAGUAAAUGCCAUGGAAUCAACAGUCUUCUUCACACAAACUCAAAGCGAACAAGAUCUUCAUCGACUUAAUGAAACACCAUCUUCACUACUUGUCGACCAUCAACUUCAACUACAACUUCAACCAGAAUCCCAACAAUGUUCCGACAAUAACCCUGAACUACUUUUACGAUCUCUGGAUAGUAGUAGUUUCAGCAGUAGUGCAAAUAAUAGCACGACAACGUCUGUGUCGGGACAUUUUUUGCCACCACUCCAAAGAAGAUGCUUGCCGCCACCAAAUCUGCCCCUAAGUGCAACCUCGUCGCCACUUAGAGGUAAUUACAAAAGUUAUCAUCACAAUCAUCAGAUAGACUUCCAGAGGAAUUCACAGUCGGACGAUGAUAGUGGUUGUGCCCUCGAGGAGUAUACAUGGGUGCCGCCAGGAUUGAGACCAGAUCAGGUUCGAUUGUAUUUCUCGCAACUUCCGGACGAUAAAGUUCCUUACGUUAAUAGCGCUGGCGAAAAGUAUCGGGUGAAGCAAUUGUUGCAUCAACUUCCGCCGCAAGAUAACGAAGUUCGAUAUUGCCAUUCGUUGAGCGAUGAAGAACGAAAGGAAUUGCGGAUAUUUUCAGCACAAAGGAAACGCGAAGCUCUUGGUCGUGGAGCAGUGCGAUUACUUUCAGAUGAAAGACCAUGCAAAGGGUGUGAAGACCAACUCUCACCCGGUGAUAUUGUUGUAUUUGCCCAGAGGCUCGGAGCAAAUGUUUGUUGGCAUCCAGGAUGCUUUGUGUGUUCGGUAUGCAAGGAAAUCCUUGUGGAUUUGAUAUAUUUCUAUAAGGAUGGAAGCUUAUUUUGUGGCAGACAUCAUGCUGAAACCAUGAAACCACGAUGUUCAGCUUGUGAUGAGAUUAUCUUCUCCGAUGAAUGCACUGAAGCUGAAGGAAACACAUGGCAUAUGAAGCAUUUUGCCUGCUUCGAAUGUGACCACCAGCUUGGGGGGCAGCGUUACAUAAUGCGUGAUGGGAAACCUUUCUGUUUGACCUGUUUCGACACCAUGUUUGCGGAGUACUGCGAUUAUUGUGGGGAAGUUAUUGGAGUGGAUCAGGGUCAAAUGAGUCACGAUGGCCAGCACUGGCAUGCUACGGACCAGUGUUUCUCGUGUUGUACGUGUCGCUGCUCGCUGCUUGGAAGGCCUUUUUUGCCGCGAAGAGGAACAAUUUACUGUUCAAUUGCGUGUAGUAAAGGUGAGCCACCAACGCCCUCGGACAGUUCUGGUCCAGGACCCAGACUGACGAAACGCUCUUCAUCGCAUACUGAAGGACAAGGAGCAAAGUCUCCUCGAGCAUGCAAACGAUCCAACGCAAACCAAAAAGACUCCGUUAAUAGGAAUCUCGAUAGACUGAUACUCGAACGGAACAUGGAAAAAGCAGUCCUCGACCAUGAUUCUCCACUCAAAGAUCACCGGAGAGAACCCAUCGAUCUAUCCGAGUUAGGAGUGAGUCUGGAUAAUUUGCGAUCAAGUGAACGAACUGAUUUUCCCGAUCAAAACCUAACCUCAUCCCUUCCCGAAUUGUUGCUUUCAAAGGCAGAAGACUCCCACAGCUACCAAAGUAUAGAUAAGAUAAUCAUCAACUCUCCCAGUGCCUCUGAGCUGACGCAGAGCACUCAGGAGCUUACACAAAAUGACAACGAAGAUGUCGACAACGAAAAUGCCAACAACGAAAUUCCACACGAUCCCCGUGGGAGUCCUGGAGAUAACGACGACGACGAUGAAGGCGAUGACGAAAAUAACUACCACCCCCAUCACCACAACCAUCACCAACAUUCACACAACCUUGCCAAAGAAGUGCGAUUCCAUAGCGGACACGACACCAUGUCCCGUUCCAAGAGCUACACUGACAACUCCACUUCCCGUCGACGCAGACGCCGAAGGAACCAAAACCGGAGUUCUUCUGAAAUGCAGAUAAAUCAAAAGAACCUUACUCAUCACAACGCCCAGCCAAAGCACGAACGGCCGGUCUAUGAGAAUGCAACUGAUGCCUCGAGCGUUUGUUCAACUUGUUCCUCCAGUUCGUCGAGUUUGGACGAAUAUGUCUAUAGAAUUCCUGCCCGGAAGCACUAUGGCGGAGUUCGAGUAUCGUAUGUGCCGAAUGAUGCGAUCGCAUAUGAACGCAAGCGUAAACAGAAUUCAACGAGUGACGUUGACAACAAAAACUGCAUCAUAUCAUGACAACCUAUGUCUGUAUCGGAUGAAAUACCUCUUGAGCAACCCUGUUCAUGUCGCACAGGGUGUUUCAAGGGAAUUCUGAAACUUUUUCAAAAACCCUGCGAUCCAAUAAAUUCCGUUUAGAAAAAAAAAAAAAGUAGUCAUCAUAUCAUUUUGGUUUUUCUUGUAAAUAUUUUCUAAGCAUUAAAAAUAAAAAUAAUUUAAAAUUGUUUAAAAACACAAAACUGUUAAAUUUAGUGAUUUAAGUUGGACUUUUAUUUUUUUAUUAUUAUUAUUUAAAAUAUGUAAUGUACAAAUAAAAAUUACAAAAUAGAUAUAUAGUGUAUUUGUGUAUGUCAUUUAGUAAACCGUUAUAUAGGUCCUUGUAAUUAAUGUUUUAGAUUUAAGAUGAAUUUCGAUUUAUUUUAAAAAACCAAAUCAAACGAAAUAAGAAUGCUUCCAAUAUUUUUUAUCAUUGUUAAACUCAUAUCGCACAAGAAUCGAGCAUUAUCAAAAUAAAUAAAUAAAAAUAGAA